GCGUGGUGCAGUCCGUUAAGGAGACCCUGAGCAGCCAGUUUGUGGAGGACUGCAAGGGUGUCAUUCAGCGGCUGACGCUGCAGGAGCAUAAGAUGGUCUGGAACCGAACGACCCACCUCUGGAAUGACUAUGAGAAGAUCAUCCACCAGAGAACCAACACCACCCCCUUCGACCUGGUCCCUCGGGAGGAAGGCGCCAGCGUCGCCGUCAGGGUGAUGAAGCCGCUGGAUGCCAGCCUGGAGACGGUGUACGAGAAAUUUCAUCCCUCCAUCCAGUCCUUCACCGACGUCAUCGGUCACUACAUCAGCGGAGAGCGCCCCAAGGGCAUUCAGGAGACGGAGCAGAUGCUGAAGGUGGGCAUGGCGCUGACGGGGGUGGGAGAGCUGGUCCUGGACAACGCCACGAUCAAGCUGCAGCCCCCCAAGCAGGGCUUGCCCUACUACCUGAGCACUCUGGAUUUUGACUCCUUGCUCCAGAAACAAGAAUCCAACAUCCGGUUCUGGAAAAUCGUGAGCGUCGUUUUUGGUUUUGCCACCUGUGCCAUCCUCUUCUUCCUCCUACGGAAGCAAUACCGGCAUCACCGAGAGAGGCAGCACCUCAAGCGAAUGCAGGAUGAAUUCCAGCAGGCCCAGGAACGCCUGGCGCGCCAAACGAACGCGGAGGGCAGAGAGGUGCUCAAAAACGCUUGUGUCAUCUGCUUGAGCAACACCAAAUCCUGCGUCUUUCUGGAGUGUGGGCACGUUUGCUCCUGCAACACCUGCUACCAGGCUCUCCCCGAGCCCAAAAGGUGCCCGAUCUGCCGGCAGGCCAUCGCCAGGGUCGUUCCCUUGUACAACAGCUAA